AUGUCGAGUUCAUCACUGCUGAUUGUCAUCUGGCUGACACUAGCCUGCACUCAGUCUUAUGCCGAGGAGUUGAAAUUGCUCCAGGUGAUUUUCCGACACGGCGAUCGAACGCCAGUGUACGCGAUGCGGAACAUAUACCCGCUGGAUCCGUACAUCAACGAGACCUGGUAUCCGAACGGUUGGGACAGCCUAACCAAGAGUGGAAAAAUACGGGCUCACCAACUUGGCUUAUUCUUACGCGAGAGGUACGGGAGCUUUCUUGGGGACGUUUACCUCAAGGACAAAUUUGUGUUUCACAGUAGUAAUACGCACAGGGCAAUCCUAACGACCCAGCUCGUAGCUGCCGGACUUUUUCCCCCGACAGAAGUUGAGAGGUGGCAUCCGACUCUUGACUGGCAACCGAUACCCGUUUACUCGGACCCCGUAACAUCGAGUUUUCUCUACAUGUACUCCAAACAAUGUCCCUCGUUCAUUACACUGCGACGUGAGCUGGAAGAAACUGAUGAAAAAUUAGUCCGCCGUGCCCAGGGGUUGAAAGAAACUUUGGACUUUGUAAGUCGUCACGUUGGAGUCCAAGUUACGCAGGAAGAAGUCGCGCUUAUUUACCAAAACUUGUACGCAGAGUUCCAGGAAAACAAGGUAUUACCGCAAUGGACUAACGGCAUAUUUCCGGAUGGAAAAAUGAAGGACAUUGCGUCAUAUGAAUACGUUAUCCAAAACUAUAACAAGUCCCUUAUUCGACUGGGAACAGGUCGUAUGAUCGGGGAGUGGAUGAAGAAUAUUGAUAAUUUUUUGAACGGCACAGAGAGUGGUAAUCCCAAGGCCAUUUUCUACGGAGCACAUGAGCUUAACAUUGGAGGGAUUCUGGUUAUACUCGGAGUAUUUGAGUCGCACAUUCCAUUCUACACUAGCGCAAUUAUCCUCGAGCUUUCCAAAGUCAAUAACGAAUAUUUCGUCAAGUUCUUGUACAGGAACAACGGCGUUCUUCGGGAAUUGUUGAUACCAGGGUGCAGCAGCGCCAAUUGCUCGCUUCAAACAUUCCGUGAAUUGGUUGCUGAUUUUAUUAGUAUCGAUGAUCCUGUGGCCCAAUGCAAAGGAACUAAGGUCCUAUCAUUCGACCAUGACUGCAGUACCGAAGAGCGGAAUUUUGGGUUCGAGGAUUCCAUGAGCUUUGAGAAAAGCAGAAACGGUGAUUUCGUGGCCACUGUAAAGUUGGAAUCAGUUUUUCAAAUGAUUUACCAUUGGAACGUUUAUUUAUUGACCCUGGCCAUAGUGCCUGUCGUUUUUUGCUUGGAUCUGAAAUUGGUGCAAACGCUGUGCAGACACGGCGACCGCGCGCCUCUUGAAAACAACGCUAAGUGGUACCCAACGGAUCCUUACAUCGAUGAAAAGUAUGAACCAGUGGGACACGGCGGAUUGACCGUGGAGGGUCGUAACCGGUCCUUCGCCUUGGGUGAGUUCUUUCGACGAAAAUAUUUUCAACAAUUGAACCUAUCCGAGUACUCGGAGAGCCUGUUCAUGGCCCGUUCAUCGAGCUUAGAGCGAUGUCUGCUGUCAGCGCAAGCUGCUUUGCUCGCUCUGUUUCCGGGCAGUAAAUCGAUUCCGAUUCAUCAUCAAAUAUUUUCAGAGGAUCUGCUUUUUCUAGGAGUUUUUAUUUGUCCGGCAGCUGGCGCUGACAAGGCUCUGGCCGAUAGAACACUUCAGAAAUUAGAUGGAUUUGGAAAUUGGACUUAUCUGCGGGAAUACAUUAGCCAAUAUUUGGGUCUCAACGCGACCAGAUAUCACGCUCUCUUCCUUUUCGACACGCUGAGGGCUCAGAGCUUAAUGGGGCUGCAACUGCCUAUCUGGACGAGAAAGAUGUACCAAUCCGGUGAGCUUGAAACAGCUGCCGCCUACGAAUACCUUUUGCAAAGCUACACUUUGAGGCUUAAAAGGAUAAAUGGAGGCAUGUGGAUCAGAGAGUUCAUUAAAAAUAUGGAUGACGUGGCAAGUGAAAGGAACUCGUCCAAGAUGCUCCUUUAUAUGGGUCACGAGGUCAAUAUAGCAGGUCUUCUUAGCGCGCUGGAUAAGUUUUACCUCCACGUGCCGAAGUUCAGCAGCUGUGUUAUUGCCGAGUUACACAAGGACCCUCGGAACGAUCAGCACUACGUGAGACUGUUCUACAAAAAAUCCGAGGAACUUGAAGAGCUUCCCAUAUCAGGGUGUUCGAUACCCUGUUCGUUGGUACAUUUCAAAACUCUGACCAGGCACCUCACCCUGAGAGAUCCCUCACUAGAAUGCGGAUGGAACACACCGUAAAUUGAUCUUGAGUAAUUUUACGUCAACAAUUUGUACGACUUGAUUUUUAGAUUAGUUGAAGGCAAAUUGAGGGAAUUUGUCAACUAUGCGUAAAUUGUUGAUUUUCCGUUAAAGAUCCGUGAUUUGUGGAUGGUCUACCGUUGUUUCUUCAUCUCUCGUGUAUCAGAUCUUUCACAGAAAUAAAGUUGUUCCUUGGGAGUUACGGAUACUAGGCUGCAGCAGUAUUAUCCGUUAUAAAAAUAUGAUAUGACCGAUGAUCCUAUGGCUCGAUGCAGAGAAAAAUUCCAGGAUGGGAGGAACUAGGCUAAAAUUUAGAGAGUUACCGUUUUGUGUUGAUGAAUUUAUGAAAGUAAUUUUGAAGCGAAAACUUUAUCAGUACGGGGGUGAUUUGAAACUCGAUGAGGCGAAAUGAAACGACUAUAGAUGUAACGAAAUGAAACUACUAUCGAUGAAAGGGAUAAUUAUUCUACUCCUGAUACUGCAUUCUCCUCAUUCUCUCGCAGUUUACUCUAUGAAGGUUUCACUUCUACCACGUGU